CAAAACAUAAAGAGAAAGCGUAGCAGCUGAAGGAAGUGGCUGAUAAUAUUCCAAAGAGGCUAGCUAGCUAGGUGCUCAAGAGCGCGAAAGAGGUCCUUUUCAACGGCAUGUUCAUCAGGCCAGACUUACAAGAGUCUCUGUAUCACCUUGGUUUACAAAAGAACGAUAAGUUAUUUCGGAAGCACGGAUCAGAAUACAAAAAGGUCAGCCAUGGCUUUGCAGGGAAAACUUUUGCAACAACAACUAGUGCUGCUACUGCUAAUUAGUAUUGGUGCCCAGCUAGUUUUAGCAACAUCGACUCAACCGGCCACUAAUUCGAGCUGCAACCGCAGAUGCGGAUCUUUUAAUAUCCCCUACCCAUUUGGUACAGGUGAGGGCUGCUACCUUGAUCCAUCUUUUCUCAUCAUCUGUGACCACUCUUUGAAGCCCCCAAAACCAUUUCUGGGCGUUGAUAAUAUAGAUGUCCUCAACAUCGCCCUUGAUCAUGGUGAACUUCGAGUCUCAAACUUGGUAGUCCGUAGUUGCGACAACUGGCCAGUGUAUGAUAAUCAGCCUAGUUACCGCCGCUUCUCUGCCUUGCUCAACUUGUUGAGUUUUCGCAUCUCACAUACGAAGAACAGUAUCUUUGCUGUCGGUUGUAACCAUUUUGCCUACAUAACAGACUCGAAGGGACAUGUAAAUGACUAUAAGUACAUUGCUGGAUGCAUAUCGUUCUGUGACAACGGUACCAGUAAUUUAGUUAACGGCUCUUGCUCCGGCCUUGGUUGUUGCCAUUCUGAUAUCCCGAAAGGCGAAGCAAAUUAUAAUUUAACUCUUAUAACCCUUUAUGGUGGACUCACCAGUCUCACCCAAUCAUGCGGUUUAGGUUUUAUAGGGGAAACACAGGCAUACAACUUUUCCACCUUAGAUUUUGAAAAUUUAAACACCUGGGCGAGUUCUAAAGUCCCUGCACGGUCUGUACCCGUGGUGCUUGAUUGGGCAAUUGGAAAUAAGAUGUGCAAAGAUGCUCAGAAAAUGACAAGCUAUUUAUGCAACGCAACGUAUAGUAAUUGUUUCGACUCCGGCAACCGUCUUGGGUAUCUUUGCAGGUGCUCCCCAGGUUAUAAAGGGAACCCAUACCUUCCUGAUGGACAAGAUGAUAGUUGCCAAGAUAUUGAUGAGUGCAAAGAUCGUUCGAAUCAUUGCAGUGAUACUGCAAAAUGUACCAACACUAACGGGAGCUACACAUGUGCUUGUCCCAAGGGAUAUGAAGGCGAUGGGAGGAAGCCGCCUGGAAGAGGUUGUAGUCGAAAACCCGGUCAAUUCAAGAUCAUCAUUAUUGCCCUGGGUGUCUGCUUGAUAAGCCUCUUGAUCUUGGUUGUGGGAAGUUUACGGGUAUAUUCGGUAACGCAAAAAAGAAAGCUCAUAGAACUGAAACAGAAGUUCUUCCAACAAAAUGGUGGCCUAAUCUUACGACAACAACUCUUGAGUCACAAAGAAUCUGUUGAGCCAACCAAAAUCUUUAGUGCAGAAGAGCUUGAAAAGGCCACUAACAACUAUGAUAAAAGUAGAGUCCUUGGUCAUGGAGGCUUUGGAACUGUUUACAAAGGAGUUUUAUCAGAUGACAGAGUGGUUGCCAUUAAGAAGUCCAAUGUUGUUGAUGAGAGCCAGAUUGAGCAAUUUAUAAAUGAAGUGCUUGUGCUUACUAAAACUAACCAUGAGAAUGUGGUUAAGUUAAUAGGUUGUUGCCUUGAGACCGAAGUACCCUUACUAGUAUAUGAAUUCAUCACAAACGGGACACUUUUUGACCAUAUUCAUGAUAAAAACCUUUCAUCCUUGCUCUCAUGGGAAAAACGUUUGAGGAUAGCAUCAGAAAUUGCAGGAGCCCUAGCAUACAUACAUUUUGAGACUUCUAUGUCAAUUAUACAUAGAGAUGUGAAAACUACAAAUAUACUUCUGGAUGAUAAACACACAGCAAAAGUGGCUGACUUUGGAGCUUCAAGACUGGUUCCUCUUGACCACACACAAUUAUCAACCGUGGUGUUGGGAACAUUGGGAUACUUGGACCCAGAAUACUUUCAUACUAGCCAAUUAACUGAAAAAAGUGAUGUUUAUAGCUUUGGUGUUGUCAUUGCAGAGCUACUAACAGGUGAGAAGGCAGUUUCCAUGUUUAGGCCUGAAAGUGAAAGAAAUUUGGCAAUAUAUUUUGAAAUUGCAGUGAAAGAGGAUCGCCUACUUCAAAUUAUUGAUGAUCGCAUUCUCAAAGAAGGUAAUAUUGAGGAAAUAACGGAAGUUGCUAAUAUAGCAAAAAAUUGUUUAAAGGUAAGAGGGGAGGAUAGACCUAGUAUGAAGCAAAUAACAAAAGAGUUGGAGGGAUUGAGACUUUCAGAAAAACACUCGUUGAAAAGGGUUGAUUCCAACACACAACAGACUAAGCACUUGCCCAUUGCACCUACAGAGUCUUUGGGAAUUGAUUUUGACAUCGGCAGCUCUUCUAUGAGUACUAUUGUUGGGGAUGACAGCAUGAAAAAUCAAGUACUGAAACCAACAGAUAAUGAUGGUAGAUAAUUUGUUCAUUCUCAUCAAAGGUUAGCAUAGCCUAUCUCUCGUCGACAUUCAUCAUGGUCACUACUCAUCGCUAGCCAUACACACUCAUCACCUACUAGUGCGACCUUACAGCUUUUUGGCUCUAAACCCCCUUCUUUCCUCCAGUUGAUCUCUUCCCACGGCCCCCUAGGUCUCUCUCUCUCUAUAGAUUCUUCACAUGCUUUCUAGCUAGCUUCACCAUCUUUUCUUGUCUCUCUGACCUCCAAAUCUUGAACAAUAACUUUCCGGAAGUUCAUCUUUUGGGAUUUCUGCUCAAUGAAAGGAAAUUCGGUCUCCUUGUAUGCAUGUUUUAGGAUUGAAAGAAUGUGAUCACAUAGCAGCUUUAUCAUUUUCAUGUACGACGUGGUUGAGUGCUGUCAUGAUAUGUAUAUAUUUCAUAUUCUCUUUUGAGUGAUUUCAAUGUAACGUGAUCUAUCUAUCAUGUGAGAUAUUCAGUACUAUUGAUCAUUAAAGCUUUUGUGAGUAUUUAGUGAAAUGAACUAUUAGC